ACAAUGAUUUCGAGCAGACGGACUAGAUAUAAGGAGUACUUAGAACCUGACUCAGAUGAACAAAUUCCAUCCUCUUCUUGGUAGAGGCAUAAAAAGCGAUUCACAGAAAAGGAAGCAGUUGAUCCCCCACUUGAUGUUCAAAACAAUAAAGAUAAUGUGAUGCUAAAACAUCAAUAGAAUGAGAUGGAUGAACAACAAGAGAAUCAGAUGAACGAAGGAGGCGAUCUGAUGGAACCAGACAACCCAAAUAUUGCAAUGGAUACGGAUAAGGUUUCCGAAAAUUUCAACAGUUUGGAGAGCUUCCACUCUACUGGACAGACCUCAAUACUGAAUUUUGCGACGUUUGAAUCUGAAGAAAAAAGUGGAGAAGAUGGGCACGUUUACAGUGUUGUUCGUUCCUUGGCAGAAGAAAUUGAUUUUAUUAAAAUUAGGACAGAGCACUUAGUUCAGGGAGAAAAUCAAAACGUGGAUGAUUAUUUUAUGGACGUGAUCGAUGAUCAAGAUGAUGAUGAUUUUUACAAAGAUACCAUCGAAGACAAAGAUUACCCACCAAAAAAUGAAGAAGACGAAGAAAUUUUAUCGCCAAAAAGUUUUAAUUCUCUUCAAGAUGCGAUAAGCAGCGAAGCUUUUCGGAAAACAAUCAAUGUGCCUGUAAACAAAACUGUAGGUGAAGUAAUCUUUAUGAUUCUAAAGUUUGUCUUAGUACAUGCGCUUUCUUUAACUGAGAUUACAGAUUUGUUGGAUAUGAUCAAUUGUAUUUUUUCUGAGUCGGUUUUACCAAAUACUAGUACCGAUACUCUCGCGGGGGGCUACUACAAGAUUAUGGAUGUCGAUGACGAUGAUAAUGAUGAUGAUGAUAUUCUAAGCGAUGGUGAUAUUGAACUUUUGAAUCUUCUUGUAUAA